GAUUAUAAUGCCAAUGAAUAAUACCAAAAAACUUGAACCUAAAACUAGUAACUUGAAAUGGAGGAUUUUAUUCCAUGCCAAGAAGGGGCGGCAGAAAUUGUGUUUUUUGAUUUAGAAACUACAGUACCCAACAGAGCUGGCCAAAGGUUCUGGAUAUUGGAGUUUGGAGCAAUUGUGGUUUGUCCAAGGAAGCUCGUUGAGCUGGAGAGUUUUAGCACCCUGAUAAGGCCUAAGGACUUGUCUGCUGUAGCAUUGAGGUCUGGUCGAUGUGAUGGGAUUACUAGGGGAGCUGUUGCAAAUGCACCAGAAUUUGAGGAAGUUGCUGACAAAAUAUUUAGCCUUUUGAAUGGUAGGAUUUGGGCGGGCCAUAACAUUCAGAGAUUUGAUUGUGUGCGCAUUAAGGAGGCCUUUGCUGAGAUUGGUAGGCCUGCUCCUUUAUCUGUUGGGAUCAUUGAUUCUUUAGUAGUCCUGACUGAGAAGUUUGGCAGAAGAGCUGGAAAUAUGAAGAUGGCGAGCUUAGCUACUUACUUUGGGCUUGGGCAGCAAAAGCACAGGAGCCUGGAUGAUGUUCGAAUGAAUUUGGAGGUUCUAAAGCAUUGUGCAACUGUGCUCCUUUUGGAAUCAAGCCUCCCUAGCAUCUUGAAUGGCAGUACUUGGCACAGCAACCCCACAAUAACGGCACGAAGUAGAAGGAGUACAGGAAAAUUGAUAUGCAGGGAAGAAACCAGCAGGAAAUCUCCCCCAACUUCUAGCGGACAUCAAAGAACAGUACCCUACUCAAGGGGAAGUUUGCGAAAGAUGACAGAAAGAGUAAAAAAUCUCCUGUGCAAAACCCAAGGAAGCCAGCCACUUAACAACUUGCUCAAGCAUUCACAUUCAGUGCUCCGAUGAGAUCAGAAAAGAAGGCAGAUUUCGGAUGAGAGGAGGAACAAAAGAUAAAAGGAGAUUGCAAACUUAAUUGGAAUUUUCAAGUGUGUUUCAGAUUGACGAGGGUCCUGUAAAGGGUUCCUCUUCAAUGCGAAUAUGACAUGCAUGCUUAAGAGGGUCUUUCCUUGCUUAUUAAUUAGAUGAAUUUAAUAUAAAAAUUAUGAGAACUUGGGACACCCUUUUUUGUGGACUAUUCAUUAAUUGCAAAAUUCCGAUUAUCUGUAAGUUUGAAUUAAUCAAGUGAAGUUCCGCAUG